CUGUUUGCAUCUUGAUCUUUCUGCAUAUCUCCCAUGUGCUAACUGCAGGUAAGCAAGCUACUUUUGUAAGGUUUACUGCAGUGAGCAGUUCAGCUCUGAGGUAAUGCUUGUGUGUAAAGCACUGGUCUUCAACUGGUGGCUCAGAACCCAGUAAUAGGUACUCCCACCAUGCAAAUCUGUGAUAAAAGACUAAGAAAUGAAUCUCCAAAUGCAUGUUUGGGUUAAAAGUAGGUUCUGGGUCGAAAAAUGUUGAAGAUAACUGGUGCAAAUUACAGCUGAGCAAAACAUGCUUCUUAGAAUCAUAGAAUCCAAGAGUUGGAAGGGACUCCAAAGGUCAUCUAGUACAACCUCUUGCAAUGUAGGAACCUCUCCUAAAACAUCAGUGACACAUGGACAUCCAACCUCUGCUUAGAAACCUCCAAUAAAGGAGAGUCCACCACUUUCCAAGGGAAUCUGUUCCACUGUUGAACAACUCUUACUGUCCUGAAGUUCAUCAGUAUUCUGCAGAAUAGAGUGGGGCUAUUGCUUCUCUUCCUCAGAACAUUAUACAGUGGAAGCUCGGGUUGCGAACGUGAUCCGUGUGGGAGGCAAGUUUGCAACCUGCAGCAUUCACAACCCGCAACACUGCGUUUGCGCAUGCACGGGUCAUGGUUUGGCGCUUCUACGUAUGCACAAGUGCCGAAACCUGGAAGUAACCCUUUCCGGUAUUUCCGGGUUGCAGUGUACAACCCGAAAACACGCAACCUGAAGUGUCUGUAACCCGAGAUAUGACUGUAUUUCAGUUGAUGCAACCUAGAAUAGCAAUAGCUUUUUUGCUACAGCAUGACAAUGUUGACUCAUGUUCAGAUUGUGGUCCACUAAAACCCCUAGAUCCUUUUCAAAUGUACUAUUGGCAAGCUGGUUUUUCCUGCCUGAGGGCAGAAUCUUACACUUCUUACAUGGGUGCCAUAUCUUCCCACCCCCAAAAAAGAAUUCCACGGAGGAAUCACUGCCAGUAGUUGUCAAUUUAAGGUGAACUUUUGAUUAUUAUUUUUAUUCCCCAAAGGUCAAUUUGCGAUCAUUCCACCCGAAAACCCUAUAGUUGGUUUCCUUGGAAAAGAAGUGCUCCUGCCAUGUCAAUUAACAACUUCAAGCAUACCAGAAAGCACCAGAAUGCAGGUCCAGUGGAUCUUGGAUAAAUCCUCAUAAAAAUUGACGUGAAAUCCUAUUAUGGUCGAAACAGGCCAGAAACACAGGAUAACAGAUACCGAGGUCGAGCUGAGCUUUCCCAUACUGAUCUUAAUAAAGGAAACAUGUCUUUGAUUCUGAAGAAAACCCAUCUGUCUGACCAAGGAAAUUACACCUGUAUAGUCUUCCUUGGAGACUGGUAUGAGGAGGUGGUGGUUGAGUUGGUUUUGGCAGGUGAGUUUAUUCUUAUUAGUCUUAUUAUUAGGGUUGCCAAAUUUCUGGGGCUGACCUGGAGUCUCUAGGUUUGCCUGCCCCACUCCAGGGUGCAGAAAGAGGACUUGAAUCUCCAGGUAAGCAAGAGCACCUUUGGGGGAAUACCAUGUUUUUAGAAGACUCUGCAUCAAGCUUACAGGCUUCAAGCCCACAGAAGCCAAUUGCUUUUUUUUUUUUUUUGGCAUAUGUGGUAUGUGGGGUGUGUGUGUCUGCCACUUAACCACCUUCUUCAGGGCUCUGUGGUGGGAGGGAGAGCAGAGGAAGAAAAGGAAGUGGGCAGGGUUCUAGCAGAGGAUGGGGUUAAGAGUAUGCAUGGACACUUGGCACAAGAUGCAUGGCUGCAGAAGAGAGAGGACCACAUGAAGAAUAGCAGCAGCAGCCAAGCCUUGCUGCUUCCACCACCUACACCUAACUCCUGGAUGUUCUUCUUGAACAAGUCUGAGGAGGCAGGGACACUGCCAGGUGCUGUGGGCCUUAUUAAGCAUAGAUUUUCAGAAAUACAAGUUGUCAAACCUAAAACUGUAGAACCCAGGUCAGUAACUCAUUCAUUCAGACUUCUCCAUCUCUCCGCAGCCAUGAGCGUUACUCACAGGACCAAUCGUCCUGUAGUUCAACAAUACAAUACAAUACAAAAAAAGGAAUUUUGAAUGGUAGCUUGGCACAAAAUUUGUACUGUAAGAACUGACUGUAAUAAAGUAUCAUUCCUGGUGUUUGGUCAGAGUGCAGAAACUCUAGAUAGGUUCUAUUAUAUUUGGAAUGAUGGAGAAUUAAUAUGUGGUGUUCUUCUUGUGCAGCAAAAGGAACAGAGCCCACCAUUGCCUUGGUGGAUUAUAAAGGCUGGGGGAUUGGCCUCACCUGCCGCUCCAACGGUUGGUACCCAAAGCCCAAGGCUUUCUGGCUGGUCAGUGAAGGGAAAGUUCGAAGUAAACAGUCAGACACUACAAUCACAGAGACCAAGGCAGGGAACUUCAGUGUUUCCAGUUCCAUUACAACAGAAUCAGGAGUUGACCAUGAAGUCUCUUGCAAAAUCAUCAACGAACUGCUAGGGAUGGAGAGCGAAUCGAGAAUCCUGAUUUCUGGUGAGUAGGGGUGAAGCAAAAGGGCCAAGAGGUUAAAGGUUUUCAAUGUGUUUUUAGUACAAGGGACGCGGGUGGCGCUGUGGGUUAAACCUCAGCGCCUAGGACUUGCCGAUUGCAUGGUUGGCGGUUCGAAUCCCCGCGGUGGGGUGCGCUCUCGUUGCUCGGUCCCAGCGCCUGCCAACCUAGCAGUUCGAAAGCACCCCCGGGUGCAAGUAGAUAAAUAGGGACCGCUUACUAGCGGGAAGGUAAACGGCGUUUCCGUGUGCGGCUCUGGCUCGCCAGAGUAGCUUCGUCACGCUGGCCACGUGACCCGGAAGUGUCUGCGGACAGCGCUGGCUCCCGGCCUCUAGAGUGAGAUGAGCGCACAACCCUAGAGUCUGUCAAGACUGGCCCGUACGGGCAGGGGUACCUUUACCUUUACCUUACCUUUACUAUAUAGGAAGAGAGAGGUUUGGGAAAUUAAUUCAAUUUUAAUGCGUCUGAAGUACACAAGGCUCUUUGUUUGAACAGAUUAUCCAGAUUAUCCAGAACUGUAGUUCUGCUCAGCAGCAUUUCAUCAGUUAUAAUCUGGGGUAAUGGCUAAAGUGUCUUCUGGUUCCCAUAUCCACUAUUCACCAGAGAGGCAGGCAGGUCACAGCUGAAGCACCCCUAUUGCCACAACUCCAGCUCAAUUCCUCCCAAAAUGGGAAGUUCAGGAGAAUUUGGGGCAAUGAAGGUGAGUGGCAAAGUCAGACUCUGGUUAGUUUUGCAACUUGAAACCGGUUGGGUUAGUUUUGCUGUAACUGAGAUUUUAAUGUGUGUUUCAGAUGCCCUUUACCCUGCCACUUCCCCUUGGCUAGCACCCUUCCUAAUCAUUCUGUUGAUUUUCAUCUGCCUUCUUGCUGGUGCUGGGUACAAAGUCAGACGUAAGUAUUAAAUCUGUCAUUUUCAUAAUCCCAUUAAACUGUAGCUGUGAACUGUUACAGAAACUUUCUGGUUUUUUGUACCCUUGUUUAUUAAAAUGAGUGAUGUGUUCUUAGAUGCAGAGAAGAAAUAGGGAACAUACCAGUUAAAUCAAUACGUAUUUACUACAGCCAGUAAUUGCUCCUUAAACUGCCUUAAAAUGAGCAUAGUUUAAAAGCUGCUUCAGGCAAUCAGAGUCACUUCCCCAACAGAUACCGUAGUUGGCAAAUUUAGUGCAGUUUACAUUUUAAUGUGGUUCUACCUAUGUUGGACUCAGCAAACCAGGACGCGAACCAAAAUGCAAAUUUAUUGAAUUUUGUGAUUCAUUUUUUCAACCUGAAAUAUAUUAGGGGAAAGUAUACACAAAAAAUGCAUAUACAGUGGUACCUUGGGUUACAAACUUAAUUUGUUCCAGAGGUCCAUUCUUAACCCAAAACCGUUCUUAACCUGAGGCGCACUAUCACUAAUGGGGCUUCCCACUGCUGCCGUGCGAUUUCCGUUCUCAUCCUGGGGCAAAGUUCUCAACCCGAGGUACUACUUCCAGGUUAGCGGAGUUUGUAACCUGAAGUGUUUGUAACCUGAAGCGUUUGUAACCCAAGGUACCACUGUAUUAGUGAAAAUAAUGCAUCAUAUUAAAAGAAAUAGCCUUCCAAGAUGUGUGUAUUAAGAGAAAUAAGGACUGUCAGAUAAAUAAAUUGUCUGAUUUCUAUAAUUUGCUAUAUUUAUUUCAGAGAAUUAUCAGAAGUUAUCUCAGUAUGGUGAGUAACUGACAAUGACAUAUUUUAUACAUAUCAUUUAUGUAAGGGAUGGGGAGUUCACUACAAUGUUAUUGCGAGAGGUAUAAAGAAUCAUAAUCAAAUUCCCUGGCGCAUCUAUUUUUCUUUCCUUGGAUGAAAACAAAUUCCACCUCUACAGAGCAUCAAGCCCUAUUAUUCAACUAUGACUAACCAUGGAAUAUUCUGUUAUUUAGCUUUUCUGGGGUUUCAUUUGCCUUUUAAAAUGAUUAUUUGUUGAUUUAAAAUUGUAUUCAUAUUUUCUGUAAAUUAGUUAUAUUCACACUUUUGCUAUCUGAUCUUCUGAUGACGGGCAGUCAAGAUACAUUUUGAGUAUCAAAGAUGUCUCUAAGUGAUGGACAAUUAAAAUCAUACCCUCCAACAUUUCUCUGAUGAAAAUAGGGAUGUCCCAUUCCAUAAUGAUAAUUUUACUAUUUAUACCCCAGACACUCUGAGCAGCUUCCAACAUAUAUAAAAACACAAUAAAAAAUUAAACAUUAAAAAAAAAAAACUAUACAGGAUUGCCUUCAGACAGCUUGGGAGUCAAAUAACUCCAAACCCUCUAACAUUUCUCCAAUGAAAAUGGGGACAACCUAAGGAAAAGUGGGACACUCUGAGAUCAAAUCAGAAACUGGGACGACUUCUCUAAAUCAGGGCGUCCUUGGAAAACAGGGUCUGGUAGAUGAAGUCAUGCUCAGACAUCAUCUUCCUGCUGAGAGCUGUAGGACCAAUUGAAAUAAGAUCGCUGAUUAUAGUGAGUCUAAUUUGAUUAUGAUUUGUUAGAUGUAACCAAGAAGUGGGGGAAUCCACAAUGGCUACAAUUAAUUUCUGGUUGUUUUGGAGAGAAGCAUUAAAUGCAUGCUUUCUGUUUCUGGAGAUGACACCUGCCUUAAAUAUUGCCACUUGAAUCCCUGGUGACCUUGGUGGCUAGGAGUGCCUUUUAUCACCUUGGGCAGGUGCCACAGCAAGAAUCAUUCCUGAACUGUGAUAGCUUGACCACAAGAGUUCAGUCAUUGGAAAUGCCAAGACCCUAGUAAUUCAUUCUAUACAGGACUUCUCUUGUGGUUGAUCUGGAAACUGCAGUCAGUGCAGAAUGCUGCAAUACUGGCUGCACUGGCUGCAACUUUGUUACUAAGCUAAGUUGAAGGUAUUACUAUUAGUAUGAAAAGCCAUUAACAAUUUGGAACCACUUUACAUGCCAAUUUGAAUGUUUCAGUCCGCAGAACCUACACUUUUACAGGUGCCACAAACUUCUUUAUUUCAGCAAGUCUCCCCAGAUAUAUAUUUACGUAGUUAUCUAUGCUCUGUUUCAGUGAUAUUUAUCUUUUGUAUACUUUUUAAUCAGUCUUGUGGGUUUUAACUGAGUUUAGCUGAGUUUUACCAAUUGUUUCAGUGUGUGCAUCACUUUAAAAGCUUUAUGAUUAAGUGGUCUGCACAUCUUUCUAAACAGAUACAGUGCAGCAUAUAAUGUUCAGUAAAUAAAUGAAUAAUGUUGCAAUGCAUCUUGUUUUCUGCAGAAAAACAGAAGAUUAAAGCACAAGCUGGUAAAUGCCUCUAAGAGAGAUGCACAUCUUCUAUA